AUCUCGAUCGCUUCGACCGCUGAUUAAGACGUGGAAUUUAUCAUUCGUUCAGUGAUCGACGCGAUCGCGGCACUCAUAAUAGCCUUGUUUUUUCUUCUACGAUCUCUUUUUUUUAAAUUUAUCUUGAAACAUUUGGCUGGUUUUCUAGUCAUUUCCUGACCUGAUUCAAGCAGCAAGAACUUUUUGUCAUCCAGAAAGACUAACCUUACCUCAUCUUCAAGUUUCAACUCAAAACGCGCUCAACUGAACAACGCGGUCCUUCCAUCAAAGGACACAACAAGGAAAGAUUUAUCUGGACAUUGCAAAGGAAAUUGAAGUGAACCACAAUAAAGUUAUUAUGGAUCGAUUUCUUUUAAUCGCAUUUCUUUGUGUCAACUGGUCACAUCUUGCCUUCAGCCAGGCUGCUUUACCAUGGACCUAUAUUCCAAAUGCUUUACUAGGUCCUGCUAACUGGGCAGGUAUAUGCAGCACAGGAAAAAGGCAAUCACCAAUUGACAUUAAAAGCUCCGAGACAACUCUUGACAAAGGCUUAGGUGUGUUCACACUGAAAAACUACGACAGGAAACUCAACAAAACAUUUACUGGCUCAAACAAUGGCCACUCCUUGGGAAUGUCAUUCCCUGCAGGAGUGUACAAUGUUAGUGGAGGAGGUCUGAACGAUGUUUACACCACUGUUCAGUUUCACUUUCACUAUGGACCAAACAACACGGUGGGAUCGGAACACAUUGUGGAUGGAGAACAUUAUGCCGCUGAGUUGCAUUUUGUUAGCUACAAUACCAAAUAUGCCGACCUUAUGGACGCACUCAACCAUGAAGAUGGCCUCGCUGUUCUUGGUCUCUUCAUACAGGUCGGAGGCAGAAAUAACACAGCAUUUUCAUUUUUGGAAAGUGCCCGAAACUUGACUUCGAGUUACACCUCUAUCAGUGACAUUCCAGCUUUCAGAUUUGACAGAAUAUUGCCAGCAAAUAGGACCAAGUACUUCCGGUACAGUGGUUCACUAACUACUCCCUCAUGUAAAGAAAGUGUCACGUGGACUGUGUUUAGGGACGCUGUCAACAUAUCGCAGUAUCAGAUGAACCUUCUGCGUCAACUCAGGAAGACUUACACCACGACAAGUGUCGGCAAUUUCCGUCCCGUACAACCACUUUACGACCGAAUCAUCAGAACUAGUUUCCAAGUUGCAGAGAUGACGAACACCACUUCUGCUAAGAUCGACACCACUGUCACUAGCAAUGGGGCGGAAACUACUACUCCCACCAUAACUGACCAAAACGGUACCUCUUCAAUCUCUUCUACUGGUGUUGUUACUACAACUGCGGAGGAAUCACCCCCAGCUCCAACUGUCGAAUUUGACCUUGGAUCAUCAGCAGUUGGGAUGACCACCGGCCUGUUUUUGUCGAUGUUGUUUGCUUCCAUGUCAGCUUUAAUUGUGCAUUAGAACCAAGUCAUGUUGAUCCAAUUGUAGUUUCCUAUCUAAUUGUCUUGCAUCUGAGUUAUUUAUGAAAUGACAUUUCAAGACCAGUCCAAAGUAAGAGCGAUUACUGCGUCAGUAACUUCUUGCAAAUUGGAAGGAAUCUGUAACCUGUAGUCAGGCUAUAUUUUCGUUUCACCUUAAACUUCACCUUGUCAUUAGGUCCACUUGAUCAGAGUCCUCAGUAUUCCUCUCGGAUUGGGUCCCUUGGCAAGUGGUUUGGUCGGUAUACUAUGUCCUUUGAUGGCAGUUUUCGACUACUCGCAAACUCGUAACCUUCAUUUUCACCCUUCUCCCAGUGAUUCAAGGUCUUCCUAUUUCUUCUUUUUUUUUUUUUUUUUUUUUUUUUUUUUUUUUUUUCACGUAGAUGGGGGUUACCCCAUUGCCGUUUUCUAAACUUAACUGUAGGAUUGCGGCCUAACUCUCUGACCAGCCCUGCAGGAUUAAGUUCAUAGCUCUAGGAUAAAUGAGGCUUUCCCAAAACAUUCACCACAACAACAAGAUGAAUAUCCCUAGGUAACGAAUUUUCUGUUCUAGUUUAGGAAAUAGGCCAGCUAGAAUGGCCAGCAAAACAUUUUAGCAAACGACCCUAGAAUUUGCAGAGUUACAGGUUACAGGUUCUUACGUCCGACCAAUGGCAAGAACGCAUGUUUUGCUGCUACUCGGCCGAUCAGAAGCAAAAUAAAACUAACAGGCUUUGGUGCGUGCGUUUUCCCGCGCAUGAUGGAGGCUGCAAUUGGGGUUUUAUUGCGAGUUCUGGUGCGUUUAGCGGAGUUGGUGGAAGAAAAAGCCCAAUACCACAAAAAAAUGUAAAAGAAAAAAAGAGAGAAAAACACAAACAUAACACCCAAACGAUUCACCUUUAAAUUAAGUAGUAUCGGCAUAAGCACCUCAUUUUAUAUAUUAUCUGUAUCAAAGGAAAGAAAUAAAGAAGCUUAAAAGAAAUA